AUGCUUGUCACCGGCCCAUUUCUCACAUUGCUUUACCUAAUAGUACAGGUUCAUGCCGCGAAACAGCCAAACAUCCUCCUCAUCCUUGCAGACGAUCUUGGCUUUAAUGACGUCGACUGGAAAGACCAGAAGCUCCAUACCCCAGUGCUACGGUCGUUGGCAUUCAGUAAGCAUACAGUGCAAAUGGAGAACAGCUAUGUAAAUCAGCUAUGCACACCUACCCGCUCGGCACUUAUGACCGGUUACUACCCAUUCCGUCUGGGAACACAGACUGGUGUCUUCCUACACAUGGAACCAACGGGUGUUCCCCUGAUGUUCCCUUUCGUUCCCGAGAACCUGAGGGCGCUCGGAUACAAAACAUACAUGGUCGGCAAAUGGCAUCUGGGAUAUUGCCGAAAGGAGCUGUUACCGUCGAUGCGCGGCUUCGACUAUUUUUAUGGCUAUUACGGGCCGCAAACUGGGUAUUUUAACCACAGCGUUGAUGCAUGGCGUAAAGAUUUGCAUCGAGUGGUUCGAGGAUUGGAUUUGUUCGAGGAAAAGCACCCUGGGCGCAGUGUGCCGGAUUUUAGACAAAAUGGUGUCUAUUCUACGAACUUAUUCACCGACCGGACGAUCUCGCUAUUGGAUGCUCAUGACCCGGCUGAUCCAUUCUUUCUCUAUCUGUCAUUCCAAUCCGUGCACCCACCGCUUCAGGUGCCGACCGUUUAUGAGAGGAACUGUUUGGCAUUUAAGAAGGGGUCGGCACGGCGCAUAUAUUGCGCCAUGUUAGCCGCCAUGGAUGAAGCAAUUGGUCGUGUCGUUACACACCUGAAACAAACUGGAAUGUACGAUGACACGAUCAUCAUCUUUACAAGUGAUAACGGCGGCGGAGUGGAAUUCGGAGCGUCGAACUAUCCGCUGCGGGGUGAAAAGGAUAUGCUGUGGGAAGGCGGCACACGAACAACCACAUUUUUCCACGCCCCGGCCUACAUUCAGGAGUUUGCCGUGCGAAAGGAAAUUUUUCACGUGAUUGACUAUCACGCAACACUGCUUGGUAUAGCGGGGUUGGAUUUGGUAUCUUACGGUGAUGGUAUCAAUCAAUGGAAUUAUAUUAGAACUGGCAAAGCGCAUGUGAGGCGCUAUCAAUUUGUUUAUAACAUUGCUGAUCAUGGGUCGGCGAUAAGGGAUGGCGAUUUCAAGUUAAUUCUUGGAAAUGUUGAUAAGAAAUCACAAUUUCCAAUGGAUAAAGUGAGAUUGUUUCGGAUAUCAGUUGAUCCGGGUGAGAAUUUUGAUAUAGCUCAUCACCAUCCGAAUGUUGUGAAAAGGUUACGACAAAAACUUCUCGACCUCGGUAAAUUUAUGCGGCGUACAGUCCGGGUGCCAACAAACCUCUGGGGCAAUCCAGAACGGAUGAAUGGAACUUUCGGAACCGGAUGGUGUGCA